AUGGGUAACCUGCGGCAGAUAUACUACAGCAUUGUGAUCUCCCUUCUCUGUUUCGGUCUGACAAUUUUGUUGCGAGUUUGCCAUCCUACUCGACAUCGUCUCUGGAUGAACGUCAUCAAGUUCUUGGGCAAGUGGUGGUGGAAUUUCUCUCAGCGUUUCAGAUCAAUAAUUUUGGCGGCACCUCACAGUGAUGAACCUUUUCGACAUGAGGGCGCUGACACUGCACCAACAUCGCAAUUAAGUAUUGACGAUAUAAAGACUAAGCUCUAUGAAACCUGCACGAGCACUCUGGAUCGUCACGCACAGAUAAUAUCUCUCUCUAGGAGCACUGUUUCAACGCCUGAGGUGGAUCGGUGUCGAGACAUACACGCCAAAACUGAGUGCGAGGAGGAGUCGACACAAAUCAAGAAUGACAAAUUUCUCUCGUUCAUCAAGUCAACGAAUGCGUCUAACAAAGUCCCUGUCUUCUAUCAAAAGCUGAUCGUUUACGAUUCGAGAAAUGCAUUUAAAAAUCCAAUUAGGCAGGCUCUGGCCACAAAUGGGCCAAAGAUACGACUGAACUCGCUGGCUAUUGUCGAGAAACUGAGGCCUGUGCGUCCUCUUGUGCUGUGUCGACCGGGGAAAUCUGUGAUUGCAGCUCAGGAAUUUCUCUCUGUAAACACCAUUCAGACAAUGUACGCUGUUAAGGCCAAUGACAACGCGCUCCUACUGUCUACACUGUGGCAUACCGGAAUUCACCGAUUCGAAGUUGCCUCCAUUUUCGAGAUCAAAGAUAUCUUACACAGUCUACCAUCUCAUAGCGCUCCAUCCUUGUGCUUUAUGAACCCCGUAAAGCCGCAAGAGGAUAUUAGGAGUGCGUACUUCGACUAUAAUGUUCGCGCAUUCGCCCUCCAGUCCGAGAGCGAGCUCGAGAAGAUUGUUCGCGCCACUUUCAAAGACAACCAAGAAGCUCAAGAUCUGGAGUUGUUUGUUCGUCUACUUGUGAGCUCAGGGCACGCCAAACUGAACUUAAACACAAAAUUCGGAAUCGAAGGCUUGCCUGCCAUUAGGUUACUACAACGUCUGAAGCGCGAAGGGCGCAAGAUUGGUGUCUGCUUCCACGUUGGUAGCCAAGUAACAGAUUCUAGUGGCUACACCCACGCCAUUCGCGAAGCCCACCAGCUGCUAACUCAGGCAGAAGUCCAAGUCAGAUUUUUGUCUGUGGGUGGAGGGUUUGGAGUGACCUACCCUGGUAACGAGGCCCCUAGUGUGACUGAAUGUCUUGAAGUGAUAAUCAAAGCAUGCCAGGAAUAUUUUAAAGAGGCCGACAUGGAGAUACUCUGCGAGCCUGGACGUGCAUUAUCUGCAAAGUCGGAGUCGCUAGUGGUGCGAGUAGAGGAGCGUCGUGGUCAAGAGCUUUAUAUUAACGCGGGCUGUUAUCACAUCCUCUAUGAUGCCGGGAACCUCAAAUGGCGUUUUGAAGUAAAAUUGCUCCGUGCGAUGACUUCAGACGCUGAAAUUCGAGAAUUUGUCUUUUGGGGUCCGACCUGCGAUAGCCUGGACUACAUGCCGGGACCAUUUCUCCUCCCCGAGGACGUCAGAGAGGGUGAUUAUCUCGAGAUUAUGAAUACUGGAGCCUAUGGACGGGUGCUUGCCAGCCGCUUCAAUGGUCUAGGAGAACACGGACUGCUAAUAGUGGAUGACCACUCGGAGUAA